GGAUGGAAAAAUAAGAGAGAAUGUAACAUGUAAAAUGCACUGAAGCCUGUCAGGAAACUGUUCUCUGCAGUUCGGUGCAUUAAAUACAUCUGGGCAGUGAAUGUGAUUGUUACAAAAAUGUAAAGUUUCUACAAAGUGGUCAAAAUCUGUGAUUUUAUAUGCUGGUGGAGUGUGUAGAUAUUAAAAAUCGAAGAUCGGCCAGAAUUUUGGUUCAGGAUGCUGUUAACCUAUUCGAGAGGAAUUAAGACUGACUAACCCAAAAACCCACCCACAUCCGCCAUGGACCACGCCGAACUGAUUUCCGAGAUGCCCUCGGUGGAGCAGUUGCCCACCCAGGAGAGGCUCUUGCUGGCGAAGCAACGUCGGAAACAGCAGCUCAAGCAGUUCUAUCACCGGGAAAAGGAGUACAACAGGAAGCAGCUCAAACACCACAAGUCCAACAAGAGGAACAUAUUCUUCGGGGACAGCGUCGUACUUCUCGAAGCUGCCUCUAGGAACGAUCUCGACGAAGUUCGUUCGUUGCUCUCGAAAGGGGUGAGCCCAGAUUCCUGCAACGAGGACGGGCUGACCGCCUUGCACCAGAGCUGCAUCGACGACAACGAACCGCUGCUCAAACUCCUACUGGAGAACGGCGCCAACGUAAACGCGGAGGACACCGAGAAGUGGACGCCACUCCACGCCGCCGCCACCUGCGCCCACACCAAUCUAGUUCAAAUACUUAUAGAGAAGGGGGCGAACCUGCUGGCCGUUAACGCGGACGGCAACAUGCCCUACGACAUUUGCGAGGACGAGUACGCCUUGGAUUUGAUCGAGAGCGAGAUGGCGAAGCGGGGCGUCACGCAAGAACUGAUCGACGACACGAGGGCGGCCACCGAAAAGCGGAUGCUCGAGGACAUGAAGCAGCUGUACAAUAAGGGCGGUGACCUCGAAGCACUGGACGCCCAGGGCGCCACUCCGUUACACAUAGCCGCAGCUAACGGUUACACAACGGUUGUGGAAUUCCUGCUGGAUCACGGCGUCAGGACUGAUUUGAAGGACAAAGAUGAUUGGCAGCCUUCCCACGCGGCAGCUUGUUGGGGACAUCUGGAAGUCAUAGAACUGCUUGCACAGGCCGGUGCUAACUUCAACGCCAAAAAUAAACACGACGAAACUCCUGCUGACAUUUGCGAAGAUUUGGAGAUCAAGGAACGUAUUAUCAAUAUAAGGACGGAGCAAGAACAUAAACGGCAGCAGGAGGCGAAAAGGGCGAAAGUGCGGAGAUCCCAAAGCAACACCAGAACCCAGUCGGUGCGAAGGACGUCGUUACGCGAAAAGGGUCUGUCUUCGAAAAAGGAUGCUGUUGAGGAGGCGAGGCUCAGGCUACUCGCCGACAAGGGCUUGGAGAACGCGGACACGGCUCGACCUCCGCCAAAGUCGGACGCCAACAACUAUGCAUUGUACAACAACACGACGAACAACAACAACAUCGAAACUCCACCUUCGACCGUUGACCUCACCCCCAGCGACAACAACGCCCUCCAGAUCCCCGAUAACAGGAUGGGUCCAGAGGGUAAGGACAACGAGGACUCGUCCACCGAAAGCCAACUGAUGGACACCAAGGAGAACACCUACACCGACGUUAACGGAAAGGUCACCGUGCAUGUGGUCGUCACGAUCAACGGAAAUGGGACGCUGUCGGAUCUGAAGAAGCAGCGGACGCAGAUCAGGAACAAUACGUCCGACGUGAACAGUCUGAGCACGCCUCUUGGCAGUAUAUCAGAGAACGACUCAAAUCUGUCGCCGACGAAUGACAUCAUCAAAUUCGUGGGCACCACAACUGAAGAGAACAUAGAGUAUUCAAAGCCCAAGCGGUGCUGCGUUAUACAAUAAAGUAUUAAAAAGUGCGCAGUAGAUAUUUCUGCUGCUUGAAAAUUUCGUUAGCAUAUUAGAGGGAGGUCUUCCUCAAUAGGAAUUAAUCGUUAAAGUCUGAUUUAGGAAUAUUCAUUUUGAAUCAAAUUACCUAAUUGUAGUGAUGAUUUUUCAGAUGUUCAAAAACGGGAAUUGAUGAGCACGUUUUAAAUUUUUUACUUUCAGUUCGAAAUAAACAAAUAGUUAAUUAUUAGAUUCAUUAUGAUACUUAGACAUAUCACUCAAUAUCUAAACAUCUUAAAUGCACAUGUUCGAUACUUUUUCAUAAUUCUUUCGCAUGGACUUCACGUGUCUUCCUGUUUUUCAUGGAAUCAUUCGUGACGUGAAACUUCCAAAACGCAGUGUUUGUUUUUAAAAAGAAUAUCUUUAUUGCGAAAUUAUAUUUAUAGAUAAUUAAAAUUUUUAAAUACAAUUAUUGCGUCUGUGUCGUGAUAUCGCAUUAUUUUUGUAAUUUAAUUAUUAUAACGACUAUUGUUUUAGUACGUUUAUCUGGAAGUGUGGAAUACAGCCAGAAAAUACGGCAAACAAAAUAUUGAGAUAGACCUUUGAAAUUCAAUAAAUAAAGUAAAUUAAUAAAGACAAACAUACUGCAAAUGUUGAUCAUAUGCGACGUGUACGAAUUUUUAAAUCAGAUUUUUGAAAAUUUAGAUAGAUUAUCUAAAUAUUUCAGGCGUAUGUGGUCAUUGUUUGUUCCUCUUCAAAAUAACUUAGUUGUCUUACAUUCCAAAAAUUGUGAUAAAUCAAUGUUUUGUUCAAUUAGUACUUAAUAGUUUUUAGGUGUAAUUCAAAAACAUUAUUGUAUUAUAUAUGGAGAUUAAUUUUAAGGUCCUACCUACUUUUGUUGUAUAUAUCUUAGGUUAUAUAUAUUUUAUUUUUUAAUUUAUUUGAAUAUUGAUGUUAUAAUUUGUAUUUAUGCAUUUAAUAUUACUUUAAUUCCAUUUGUAACUACAUGUUAAAGUUUUAAAAAUAAUGUCUAAAAAGAACUGUAAUAGAGAGCCCAAUGUGCCUAAUAAAAAACAAGCAAUAAAUAAAUAUAUUUGAAUUUGUGGCCUGGAACAAAUAAUUGUAAAUAUGUAACUACUAUUACGUUAUUUAUUAAAACAUGUUACAAAAUUUGUACUUACGUUCAUCCUUAAUUGUUCAAAUAUAUUUUUUACAAUUUA